GAUAUUCUCUUCUAUUGUUGUUGGGUGUAGGAAAAAAGAUUCAACUUGAUUAAUAAUUGGAAACUUGUUUUUUGCAGAAAUUGGGUGGGCUUCAAAGAUUAUUUUGUGGGCAAGAAUAAGCAAACAAUACUGGGUUCAAGCUCCUACGCUACCUAGGUUGGUUUAGGAUUCAAAUUUGUUUCAAUAGAGUGGUGGUGGCAGUAGUUUAAUGGCGUCCAAUGCAAUUAAAUCAGGGGCAUUGGUUACUUUACCAGAGCUUCAACCAUCAUCUGAGUUUUUUAAGGAAGGAGCUUCACUUAGAGUAACCGGAAAGCUGCAAGAGUAUUCCGUGGAGACUGCCAUAGCUGUUAUUGCAGAUCAAGGUGCCACCCUAAAGGUAGAUACCCAGCACUUGAGGGAACUUAGCUUCCGAAUUGGCUCCAUAUUCCAAUUCAUUGGUGAACUCAAUAUUCAACCCAACAAUGAGGCAAUCCUGCAAGCACGUACUGGUAGGAAUGUUGAUGGUAUUGACCUUGAUCUCUAUUAUCAGUCUUUGCAGCAAUUAAGACAGUUCCAAGCCAAACACAUGAAAGAUGCAACUACUUAAAUGAAGUUUUAGAUUUGAAUGGACUUGCUAGUGAUUUCAAGGUAAGCUGACACAUCAAAUUUGGGUUGCUCUUACAGUAGUGAUGCUGUCAGGAUCUAUCGAUGAUUGAUGCAAGACAUGGUUUUUCUUUGUUGGCAACACAACACAUGGAUUGGUUUUAUUCUGCAUUUUUAUAGAGAAAAAAUCUUCUGUCAUCUUGUUUGUUGUCAUUUGGCCUUUAGUGAUGUAUUCUAAUAGAUAAAGCAAUCAAAAGCAUGACUUAUGUGCUUAUUUCGAUGAUUUCAGAACUGAAUUAAACCUUGGUUAAAUCUUCUUAGGUCAAAUCUUAGAGAUUGCUAUGAGAGGGCGGUUUUUUGCUCGGCCCGACUUGACUUUUA